AUGCCCUCAUCGCAUUCGUCGUCCGUCAUGGGUCUGGCGUGCGCUGUGGCCUUCCAAGAAGGCACGGCGAGCCCGUUGUUCGCCGCGUGCCUCGUUUUCGCCGUCGUGGUCAUGUAUGACGCCUCGGGGGUUCGGCUUCAGGCAGGCCGGCAGGCAGAGGUCCUAAACCAGAUCGUAUAUGAGCUGCCACCAGACCAUCCCUUGGCUGAGUCCCGGCCUCUCAAGGAGCCCAUUGGACACACACAACCUCAGGUGGUGGCAGGAGCUCUUGUUGGGGUUUUUGUGGCGUACUUUAUGCACCACUUCUAUCCAACAGCCACUGCACUUGCCACAUAUCCCCCUUCAUGCGUCCCAGUUCAUCGCUCUCCACCCCUCUCCACCCCUGCCGUCCCCUGCCGGCACCCAGCGGUGGCAUGGCGGAUUGAGGAGCUGCAGCCGCCCAGCGAGCGCGUGCUGUUCCACUUCGCGAGGGCGGGCGCGCGGGGCGAGCAGGGCGGCACGCAGGGCUGCGCGCAGGGCGCGAUGGACGCGUGGCGCGUGUAUUCUGAUGCCAUCUACGGCGGUUCGUCAACCGCCACCCUCGCCCAUGCCACAUCCGGCAGCGCCGAGCCUGCAGGGUCGGGCACGGAGCUUUCAGGCAUGGGCGGGGAUCAGGGGCGCAGAGACAUGACGGGCAGAGAUAGAAUGGAUGGCAGUGCAGGGAUGGUGCUCCCACCCCACCCACCCACCCCGCAUGGCUGGGAGGCACGAGCUAUGCGUCUGCAGCAGCACCUUCACUUCGAACCUCCCUCCUCCUUUGCCGUGUUCGCAGGCAGCUUGUCCCGACGCGUGCAGGGGAAGGAGCAGGGCGAGGGUGUGGAAGGGCGGGGAGGGCGGCUGCUCAAGGGUGGCUUCGCUGGCAUUCGAACGAUCGAGGGCUUCCCAUCCACGAGCAGCCUGGAGCAUCUCCUCGCUGCUGCUGCCGCUGCCUCUGCUCGUGCCAUCAUCUCACUCUCUUGCUUCUCUCCUCCACCUAACCCCUCCUCUCCCACUUCCUUCCACCUCCUCACCCUCUCUCCCAGGCGCAUGCAGCGUGCCGCCACGACCUGGAGCCAUUCUCCUCACUGCUGCUGCACCGUCUCAACCUCGCUCUUCUCUCCACCGCCUAUCCGACUUGGGUGUGCCCACUUCCACCCACCCACUCUGCCCCUCCCAGGCGCAUGCAGUGUGCCGCCACGACCUGGUGCCAUUUGCCUCACUACACCUGCUCGUGCGUGCUGCGCACUGAGAGGUGAGUGGGGGGGCCAGCAGGCAGCAAGGAGAACACAUGGCAGGCUGCGCACAGAGGGGUGGGUGGGCGGGCCAGCAGGCAGUGAGGAGAACACCUGGCAGGCGUUCCUGCCCUCGCCUCGAGGGCGGUGGGGAGUGGUGCAGGUGAGAGGAGAAGGGGUGAAGAGUGGUGUAGAUUCCUCCUGCCAGCUACCGCCUUACAUGGAGGGCAGGGUGGUGGGUGGCGGUGGGGGGAGAGAGCGAGGUGGAAGGGGAGAGUAUAUCAGCAGUGGUGGUGGAGAGAUGCAGAUGCAUGCGAGGAGGAUCCCUCUGUCCAGCUACCGCCUUACAUGGAAAGGCAGGGUGGUGGGCGGCGGCGGGGGGAGAGAGAGAGGAAGAGAGGGGGGAGGGGGCAGUGGUGGUGGAGGGAUGCAGAUGAAUGCGAGGCGGGUGGUGGGCAUGGGGAUAUCAGUCAACGUCAGCACCCCUCCCAUGCACUCUCCGCAUCUCAGUGCCACUGCCCCGCUCACACAUCCUCCUCACAUUGCUGCAGCCACACCUGGUGGUGUUACUGCUGCUGCGGGCGGUGAUUUUUGUCCUGAUGCUGCUGACGCGGAGUCUGACGCAUUUCCAGUGCAUGGCGAGGGCGCGUUUAGACUGGAGGUAGUGUGGGUCAAGGCUGUCAGGGAUGGUGCUUGA